CUUGGUGGGAAGCUCGGACCCUGGCGCUGCUCUCAGGGCGGUGGUGAUGGAUGUGGGUGCGACAUUUGCUGCUGUGGUGGAAAUUAUGGCGGGGGAGGAGUUUUUCUCUUUAAUUCAAGAUGGGAAAAAAUAUCAAGAGUCCUGAACCAGAAAAUAACACAAACCUUUACUUUUCUACAUGUCCAUGUUAGUUCCUUUGUCUCCCACCCCCUCCUCUCUCUCUCUCUCUCUCUCUCUCUCUCUCUCUCUCAUCACUUCAUCUCAAGGGUCACGUGGUCCUUCCCACUCAUCCAAAUUUCCUCGCAGGAGCGCAGACCUGCAGAGAGGAGAGGGAGGACGCAGAGGGUCGGAUUAGUCCGAGGGGAAGAAGAAGAAGAAGAAGAAGAAGUUUUGUUCGCACAGACCCGUCUCCUCCUCCUCCCCUGCUCCGUUCAUUCAGUCAUGCUGGACACGCUCACCUUCCUCCUGGAGAAGCUCUUCCUCCUCGCCCACAUCAAGCUCUCCAGCCUCCUGCCUCCUCCGGCCAGGGAGCGCGGAGACCCGCCGCCCGCCAGCCGGCAGCAGCAGCAGCAGCAGCCGCCGCCGCACAGCUUCCAGCGGGGCGACCUGCUCGAGGUGCCCAGGACCCUCUUCACGCACUUCGGCAUCUACCUGGGCGAGAACCGGGUGGCGCACCUCAUCCCGGACAUCCUGCCGGCGCUCACCUCCGACGCCCGCCACAUCCAGGAGAUGGUGACCAACACGCGGCUGCUGCUCGGGGUCCUGUCCAAGCGCGCCAGCGUCCGCGUCGACUCCGUGGAGGACUUCGCGUACGGAGCCGGGAUCCUCCUCAACGCCAUGGACCGCGCCGUGCGCCCGAGCCCGCUGCCCGGGGAGGAGGUGGCCCGGCGGGCGGAGCGGCUCCUCGGCUCCGUGUCCUACAGCCUCCUGUGGAACAACUGCGAGCACUUUGUCACGCACUGCCGCUACGGGAGCGCGCAGAGCCUGCAGACCGACAAGUUCUGUGAGUGGCUGAAGUCUCUGAUCCGGGACCGGAGGAACGUUCUCCUGACGGCGCUGCUGGGCGUCCUGUCCAUGGCGUGUCUGGGAGUGUCCUCCGGCACCGCCCUGCCCGCCCUCUUCAUCCCCUUCACCCUGUGGAUGGCCAGCUAAGAUGGCCGCCGGUGCUGUUUCACCCCACCCCCAUCCCCCCCAGAGACCGACGGACAGGACGCAGUCGUCUGCAAACAAGUUGACAUUUACUUUAUUUCCGGCUUCGCUGUUCUUUGACUACAUCACGGGAAGUGUUUGUAUUUCCUGGAAAUGAUGGACAGUUAGCAUUAGCAACAUUAGCUUCAAGAAACUCCCCUUGCAGUUUGACUGACAGGUGACAGAACGUAAAAGGGACCAAAGAUCACUGGCGUUAUAACAGGAAGAAGAAGAAGAAGAAGAGGUGGUUAAAGUGCGUCAUUUAACACCUGGGGUUGUUUUCUGCUUGUAUAUUAACAUUUGAUAAUUCAUGGUUUUCAAAGGCUUAAACAAAAAAAAACAAAAACAAUCAAACAGUGAUGAAUCCUGCGGCGGCCAUCUUGACUUUUACUGAAAGGUUUUGUUUGCGUCGUCGUCGUUGUUGCUGUUGUUGUUGGAUUGAAGCAGCCGAAGCUCAUAUGUAAAUACCUGUAGAUAUUCCUUCACAUCUCUGAUUGUUUUCUAACAAACGUCUGUACAGAAUCUAUUUUUUACACUACGCUGUAACACUUGAUACUGUGUGUGUGUGUGUGUGUGUGUGUGUGUGUGUGUUUGUGUUUAUUUUUUAUAAUGUGAAUAAAGAAAAGUUGGAAUCGGA